AAUUCACAGGUUUUUCUGGAUAAUGAUUUCGUUCAGAACUUUAGUCAACAGCUCCAGCCGGUCCGUCGGAGUGCGUCUGUUCAUGGUGUCAGCACCCGUCAGAAAACUCACUCCAGAUCUCUAUAAUCCUCAAGUUCCUAAAGAGGUGGUGUCGGGUGCUCCAGACUCCGUCACCAGCAGAGUAGUAAGAAUCUAUAAACCUGCCAAGGCUGCCACCCAGUCCAGUAAUAACGAUGGUAGAUCUUGGAGAAUAGACUGGGAUAUUGUCGGCAAAAGCAACCGGUGGGAAAACGAUUUGAUGGGGUACCAAGGUACUGCCGAUGUAAUGAAUGCCACCAGUCUCAGAUUUGACAAUAAGGAGGCUGCCAUCAGGUUUGCUGACGGUCAGGGUUGGGACUAUUAUAUCUAUGAACCCAAGGAAAGAAAGUUCAGAAAGAAGGACUACUCUGCCAAUUUCUACCAUUCUGCAGGCCCAUUAAAGCAUAUCAGAACCAAAUAAACUCAUCCUCCCCACCAAACCCACCAGUCGAAGAACACUGCAUCUUGAUAUUCAUAUAAAUCUGUUCUGCCAUCGCCCCGGUUGUGUAUAUUAAUAAACAGAAUAGAAGCCAACUAGAAUCCCCAAGUAAACAUUUUAAUCCAUAGCACAGCCGCCAAUAACCACUUAAGCCAAGUGAGGUAAUC